AUGUGGAAGUGCCAUAAAUGUGGGAAACCAGUAUACUUCGCUGAACGGAAGCAGUCAUUGGGGUAUGAUUGGCAUCCAGAGUGUUUACGUUGUGAAGAAUGUGGGAAACGUUUAAAUCCUGGCCAACAUGCAGAGCACAAAGGUGUACCAUAUUGCCAUGUACCAUGUUAUGGAGCACUUUUUGGACCACAGUUAUUUGGUCAUGGAACACGAGUUGAAUCACACACAAGUUUUGGAAAGAAAGAAGCUCGACCAUCUUUACCACGAUCACACUUAGAAUCAAAGCUGAAAGUUUUCAAUCAGUACUACGAAGGAAAAAGUGGUGGGAUAAGAAGUCGUGAGGUCAAUGGAAGAUUGAUAUUAGAAGGUGCACUGCGAAUUUACUGGGGUGUUAGAGGAGUUAUCCACUUAAAAGAAGACGAUGAUCAACGUACAGUGGUUACAGCUAGAAAUAGAAAUUCAUGUAGACGCAGUGCUUCGGAUAGUAUAGAAGAUGAAGAAAAGGAGGAUAAGCCAGUGAAGGGUACCGUUGAGCAGGAUACAGAAACUGAAACAAAGUCUGCUCCAACUUCUCCAGAUCAUCUCAAGAGUCUCACUUUGCCAAUGAAAUUAGAUGUUAAAACUAUGGAAUGGGAUGAGUUGGAUGAGCUUCUUCAGGUGGAGCGUAAAGUUGAAGAUGGAAAUAAGUUGUAUCAAACAAUGCCUGAGAAUUUACCGUCGAUAAGUUCGCAGAACAGUUCAGAUGCAUUGCCGGUUUCCUCUCAGUCCAGUCUCAAUAAAUCUGAUUCCCGCGAAAAUUCAGAAACGAGUAGCCCAAAUCAUCAAACGAGUCGUGGCAACGAUAGUAGUGUAACUAGUACGCCAACGCACAGUAUAGGAAGCUCUUCCAGUACCGACACACCCGUUUAUCACGGAACUCCGAAUCGAAAUGGGACACUUCGAAGGGUAGAAUAUUUUGAUAGUUUGGAAAAAAACAUACCUGGCAAUAGAUCCAUCAGUACUGAUGAUAGUUGGAUAGAGAAGGGAUUAAAUCGAUCGAUGUCAGGACCCGAUUGUCUUCAAAGACAUCGGACAGAUAGUGACACGGAUUCUGUAAAUUCUCUUCAGUUCAGAGAAGAUGACAACAUGACUAUGUCUACUGACAGCGGAUUAGAGCUCGAAGGUGUAGUUUUACGACGAAAACAAGGUUCUACUGCCAUCAGACGUCGACCUGGGGGUCGACGGCAAUCUCGUAGUCGUUUACGGCGUCGUUGUUCAAUUAACGGCCACUUUUAUAACCGUGAAACCAGUUUUUUUACACCCCCCCAUGGAUCUCAAAUGUCCGUAUGGAUUACAAGCCUAGUAAAUACUCAAGAAGUUAUCAAUCUCAUGUUAGACAAAUACAAAGUGGAUGCUAAACCGGACAAUUUUGCAUUGUUUGUGGUUCGCGACAAUGGAGAACAACGAAGACUGAGAGAGGAUGAAUAUCCUUUAGAAGUUCGAGUAGUAUUGGGUCCGCACGAGAACGUUGCGCGGCUGUUUCUGGUUGACAAAUUGUCCACGCCAGAAAUCAGCUCCGACGUCGCACAAUUUCUUAACCUCUCACUGGCAGAGUGUCACGGCAUUUUGCAACGUUAUCAUUACGAGGAGGAACGUCAGAUUCUUUUAUUGAAGGAAAAAUACAAAGAGAUGCGUCGAAGAAUACGACAAAGAAUGGAAGAGUUGAAGGUCCGACUGUAG